AUGGCUUCAGACGAAAUUGUUUGGCAGGUUAUUAACCAGCAAUUCUGUGCUUUUAAACUCAAAACUACAAAAGGCCAAAACUUCUGCCGCAAUGAAUACAACGUCACAGGAUUAUGUAACCGCCAAAGUUGUCCAUUAGCAAAUUCUCGCUAUGCCACUGUUCGCUCGGAUCCAGAAACGGGCACCAUGUACCUCUACAUGAAGACGAUUGAACGAUCCCACAUGCCUAGCAAAUGGUGGGAGAAGAUCAAGCUAUCCUCAAACUACACAAAAGCGUUGGCCCAAGUCGAUGAGCGAUUGAUAUACUGGCCCAAAUUCCUCAUACACAAAUGCAAACAACGUCUCACGCGAUUGACGCAGGUCAAUAUUAGGAUGAAGAAACUUAUCAAGGAGGAAGAACGACUUGGGGAGAGGAUUGUGCCGAAAUUGGCACCCAAGAUUAGGAGACGCGAGGAGACGCGAGAGCGUAAGGCGGAGGCCGCCGCCAAGGUUGAGCGGGCUAUUGAGCGUGAGCUUAUUGAGAGACUUCGCAGCGGCGCUUAUGGUGAUCGACCACUCAACGUCGAGGAGGGCAUUUGGAAGAAGGUUCUUCGUGGGCUGGAGAGGCAGGGAGAGGGUGAGAGAGACGAAGAUCUUGAUGAGGGCGAGCAGUGGGAUGAGGAAGACGAGGAGGAAGAAGGUGUCGGCGAAGUCGAGUAUGUCAGUGACUUGGAUGAAGAUGAAGAGGAUCUUGAGGAUAUCGAGGAGUGGCUUGGAGGAGAUUCUGCCGAUUCGAGCGAUGACUACGAUGAUGACGAGGAUGAGGAUGAUGAUAGCGAUGACGACGAAGGCAGUGAUGAGUCGGCUGCUGAGGACAAGAAGAAGCCUGCGGCUGGUAACAAGCGCAAGCGUGCUGCACCGCCUCCUAAGCCUCGCAAGAAGGGUGCUCGUGUUGAGAUUGAGUACGAAACUGAGGGUCCUGGAAAGGAAAGCGUUCUGGCAUAA